AUGGUCACGGUCUCGCCUAUUGUCUUCGUUUGUGGUGCAACCGGAACUCAAGGAAAUGCAGUCGCCCACAACCUUCUCGAGCAUGGAAUUGAAGUGAGAUCCAUCACUCGAAACAUCAAUUCUCCGCAAGCAAAGCGUCUUCUUUCAAAAGGCAUAUUUCUCUCCGAGGGCGAUUUCAACGAUAAAGAAUCCUUGAAGAAGACCAUGACCAACUGUACAGCUAUUUUCCUCAAUCUAAGCCCCGACCACGGCAACCCUACUGGCGAGCUCAAUCAAGCGAGAACUCUUAUCUCCGCAGCCAAAGAAGCCGGUAUCAAACACAUCGUCUACACUAGCGCCCUCGCCACCAACAACCCGGAACGACUUACUCACUGGGACCCUUCCAGUAUUGUCGGAAUGCUUCUUCGUGGUAAACAAGCCAUCGAAAACGAAGUCAAAAAUGCCGGAUUCGAGAAUUGGACCAUCCUCCGACCGGGAAACUUCAUGUCGAAUUUCCUAAGCCCAUUGGUUUAUAUGUACCAGGGACUCGUUCAAACGAAGAAAUUCACGACCGCGUUUCUGCCAGACACAAUUCUCCCUAUGAUUGAUCCCAAUGAUAUUGGCAAGUUCGCCGCGGCUUCCAUCAUCGACCCUGUCAAGUUCAAUCAGCAGGAAAUCAACACUGUGUCUCAGAUGAUCAAUGUCAAGGACCUGAUCAACGACCUCUCCCAAUCUAUUGGAGAACCUAUUCAAAUUACCUUCCUUUCAGAGGAAGACCUACUCGAAAAAUUGCCAGAAAAUCCACUACUAGGACCGCAGAAGGUGAUGCGCGACAUGUCAUUGUUUGUCGAUAUGGAGGAAGUGAAGAAGUGGGGAAUCAAGCUGGGAACCUUUGUUGAAUUUCUGGAGCGAGAGAAGGAGAGAGUGAACCAGACAUACAUGUAA